GUGAACGCCUUAUCAAAGGAACACUUACAGGAACUGAACAAUGGCGACGACAGCACUGCUGACUGUCACUCUUGGUUUGUCGUUAGUACAAAACGCAUUUGGCUGUUCCUCUGGCUGGGUCUCUCACAAUGACAAAUGCUAUCUGUUAAGUUCCUACAAGGCGUCCUGGCCAGUAGCAGCGAGUUAUUGUCGUACGUUUAAUUCCAAACUGGCCGAACCAAUGGACCAAUCGUCUGUAGCAUUUCUGAGUGGCGAAGUCAAAGGAAGUGCACCAAUGAGAGACACAACAUACUACCUGGGCGGAGGGGACUUGUUUGUUGAAGGAGAGUGGAUCUGGAUGUCGACACAGGCGGCAAUCGGUGUUACCAACUGGAACCCAGGGGAACCGAACGACGCUGGAGGGAAAGAAGAUUGUGUGGAAAUAGCCCUUACAGGCUUGUGGAAUGACGAUGUUUGUGACCAACCGAAAGGUUUCAUAUGUGAAAUGGAUUCCGAAACAGCCCAAGGUCUGAUCGGCUAAUGAAUCUCUUGGAAGCAUAGUUUGCUGGGAUUUAAUUAAUGUCCACGUGAAUGAAAGUCAUUGCAUCAAAA